AUGAAAAAUUUGAUUUUGUUUACCCUGUAUUGCAUCACUUUAUUUUUUCUUCACGAAGCAGUCUCUCUAAAAUGUCGUUCUGAAAAUCAGCAAAUGGAUGUGCAAUUUCAAAAAGUACUAAAAACUUGCAGAAAUCGUUAUGCCGAUUUAAAAGCAGUUAAUGCAGAAGAUUCUAUAUCUAUGGAAGAUGAUAGUUCGGAAAAUAACUCUAAUCCUGAAGAUGUGUAUGAUACAAGUUUCUAUUACCGAAAGAAUGAUAGACCUUCAUAUAAUCAGUCUACAAACAAUCAAAGAUAUAGAAAUUUUAAUAAGAAUGGUGGUAUGAAUAUUUAUUCAUCCGAUCACUCAAUUAAGGAAAAUAGAAAUUUUCGAAAUGUAAAACAUAUUCGUAAAAUCAACAAUCGAACUUCGUGGAAUUCUAGAGAUUCACGCAAUAGAAAAAGUGGUUUUAGUAAUGGAGAUACGAAUAACGGAAAUAUAUAUUUUAACAAUAAUACUAAUCAAGAACAAGCUUGUAUUAUACAAUGUUUUUUCAAUGAAUUAAAUGCUGUAGACCAAAAAGGAUUUCCAAAAAAAGAAUUAGUAAUUCCAUUAAUGACUCGAAAUAUUCAAGAUUUGGAAUUGAAAGACUUUAUUGAAGAAUCAAUUAUAGAAUGUUUUCAUUAUCUAGAAUCAAACAAACAAGAAAAGUGUGAAUUCUCACAAAAUUUAUUAAUAUGUUUGGCUGAAAAGGGACAGCAAAAAUGUGAAGACUGGGAGAAUUAAAACAACCACAGUUUCAUCGUGUCUAUUUUAAAAAUCUUCAAAACGCUUCAUUAAAUCAUCAAAAUCAAUGUCUUUGUCAGUAAACAUAUUAUUUGAG